AUGGCCAUUGCCUUUAUCUCUAUCGGAAUGGACCUCCAAUGCCUAUUCAUCGUAGUUAAAGAGCCUAAGAUGCCUACUCAAGUGGAUACUCACAAAUAUACUAAGCGUAAACAUCGCCUUCAGACAAGCCCUCCAAACUUCUCUGUAUCCUCUUUUAUUGGGAGUAGUGGCAACAAACUUCAAACAGGUCUUUCCUCCAUAAGUAAUGUAACUGAGGUAAAUGUCUUUUGGUAUCCUAAUGAUGGAAGCUCUAAGCCGCUGCUCAUUAACUAUCAAUUGUCUAAUGAGCACAAGUGGUACAAAAAAACAAAAGUAGCUAAUACUUGGAAGGAAGUAUCUGAGAAGGAUCUCGGUAAACCUACUAGUCCUUCGGAUCAGGCGAAGAUUAAGAAACUCCUUAUAGGGGCAUCAUCUCCAGAAGUUACCAUUAAGAUCGAACAGGUACCUGGAAGUAGUUAUAUUUCUGAUGAUCAAACUGUUAAGAUCGACAGGACAGGUGCUGCUGAUGCAAAUGGUUACUCACAGAUCACUCAUCGUAUUGACGGAAAAACCUUUAUAAUUAAGAGUGUCACUCAUGGAGAUAAUCUUCAGACUGUACAGGGUACUACCACCUUUUCCAAGGAUCCUCUAACCGAAGUAUCUGUAUUCUACUCCGAUUUCGAUUCUAAACUCUCCAAGCCACUCCUCUUAGAGCUGAAGUUGCAUAAUACUCAAACAACAUACAAGUAUUAUGAAAAGACGAAAAAGCAAAUGAAUGGAAGUUAUUUGACAAGGAACAAAGAGACAAAUAUGCUGGAGAUCCUCUAA